ACGCAAAAUAAAGAAAGAGCCACAAUUACAAGUGUAAACAUUACUGAAAGCUGAAAGGUUCCAAAAGAAUAAACGUGUGAGCAGCAGAUUCUGCUCUUCGGAAGCUUUCCACGCUUCUUAUGGUGAGCGAGUCUUCGAGGUUUCUCGCAGAGUAAAGUUAUGAAUGCUUCAGUCUGCGGAAUCUAUGCUCUCACUGUCACUCUGAAGUCCAAACUCGUCUACAAGUCGAUUCGAUCAACGGCGUGAAGCUUUCUCUCUUCUGGUGGAGGGUUUUAAUCGAGCCGGUGCUUGGAGCUUCCAACUCAACUCAACGCAUUCUUAUCAGAGGUCCGAUCAGACCGCAAGGAAAUCUGCGGGAUGGAAAUUGUACUGGAGCAGAAGGAUGCUGUUGACUGGAUUUACAGAGGCGAAGGAGCUGUCAAUCUUGUCCUCGCUUACACUGGUUCCUCUCCUCUUUUUUUUGGGAAAGUUAUACGAAUAGAAAAGGCUACAAGAAAUGGAUCACACUGCCCGAGCGUUCUGAACCUAAUGGAUUUGUCCGCGCAUGAGCGCCUUCUGUGGAGAGAUGUAGGGGACCUUGUGUCAUGCACGGAUCGAGAUGUUGCAUGUCAAAUCUAUGUGCAGCAUGUAAUGAUCCCAUUAUUGGAUUCCAAACAUGUUGACGCUGGGGUCCACAUCCUUGUAACGAAAGAAUUCCUAGAGACCAUUGAGAAGAAUAUUCUUGGUCAGCGUCCUGCAUGGAGGGUUAGUGCAGGACAAGUAAAUAUAUAUCGUGAUUCUGUCCUCCUUCAAUCUGAUCAUUCUAUUUUCCCUCAAGGUGGUGAAGGUGAAUUUUGCAUUUCUGUCGAGAUAAAGCCGAAAUGGGGAUUUCUUCCAACUUCAAGAUUCAUAAGCAAAAGAAAUGCCAUUAAACAAAAUGUGACUCGUUUUAGGAUGCACCAAGCAUUGAAGUUGAAGAAAGGCGAGAUAUCAGAGUUAAGUGAUUACGAUCCUCUAGAUUUGUUCUCUGGAUCCAAGGACCGGAUAUAUAAAGCAAUCAAAGAUCUUUUCUCUACCCCUCAGAAUAAUUUCCGUGUUUUCUUGAAUGGUUCCCUAAUAUUUGGGGCGUCAGGUGGCUAUGCUGUUGACACUAAUUUGGUGAUUGAGGAAGCAUUUGAAGAUGCCCUUCAAUCUGUUAUCCAGAGAGAAAAUGGAUCUCGAACAAUGAGUUUUCUACAACUUGUUGCUGAGGCUGUGUAUAAAUCAGGAUGUCUGAAUCGACUCCUUGAGGUUCAGAAGCUUGACAGUUUUGACAUAGAAGGGGCUAUUCAUGCGUACUAUGACAUUAUUUCUGAGCCCUGCUUGGUUUGUAGACAUCUGGAUGAUGAUGAAUUGUUGAACAGAUGUGCCACUUUACAUUCUGCCCAUCUUGAUCAACGCUUGGAGAUUGUGAGGAACUUUUUAAUAGCUGCAACUGCUAAAGACUGUAGUUUGAUGGUUACGUUUAGACCGUGGCAUAUUGAGUGUCCAGGUUCUGCAUAUAACAGCAUAUUACUUGAAUCAACCAACCAAACUUUUGACUAUAAGGUGAAUUUCAUAGACCUGGAUCUAAAACCUUUUAAGAAGAUGGAAGAGUACUACGAACAAGACAAAAAAAUAGUUUGCAACUACACACAGAUGCUUGUGACAGAGCUGCAGGCAGACAAUUAUUACAGGCCCGAACGCUUAUGAAUCUACUACGCAUUGGGAGUACACGCCAAAGUUUGUGGCUAUACUUCUUUUCUGAUCUAAUCUGCUGUUUCACAAAGCCUCUGCAGAAGCUUUGUCUAGUUAUCCCAAUCUUCACGACAAACAAAAGCAUCGAUGGCAUUCGUACGUGGCAUAUGUCUACUGUCAAUAUUUGGCAUAUCACUCUUGCCUCGGAAUUUAGGUUAUGUAUGAUCUGGUAGAAGUGAUUUUUUUUUAAUGAUUAGUGUACGUUAGAAUCCACUAUGCCCCCAGAAAAAAAGGGAAAAUUCUACUAUGGCGCCCUCUUUUGAAAUUCGUAAAGAUCUAGUAUGUAUAUUUUAUUUAUCUUUCCCCCAUUGGGAGCUUCUUCUUUUAAGUGCAGGAGAAAGUGAUAAAAUGAACUGUCAUGGGGCUCUGUAGAGUGAUUUAGCGACCACCUCAAGGAGACUCGUUGGUAAGUUUUUAGCCUUCCUAUGACCUAUAAAUUACUCCUACAGUUGGAUUUUGAAAUGUUCUUGAUACCAGGGAUCUGAUACGUGUUCAUACAUUUGAAUUGUCUGUUUUAUUGCGUUU